CAUUGCCUUCUCAAGCCGGGUUCCCAGUUCCCGGGCCUGCUUGGCGCUUCCAGAGCCCAACAGCUGGAGAGACCACCAGGCGGAGAGCAAGCACCUGUGUUCAGAUCGCACUGUGCACACAGCACGGAGAGAGAGAACCUACGGGGCCGCGCUGCGCCUGGGCCCCUCAGCGUCCCCCCGGGCUCGGGAUCACGCUCCAGGGGGGCGGCUGACCUCGAUGGCAGGACGCGUUCCUCUACGCGUAGCCAGCGGGCCACUGGGCUACUGGCUGCUGGGCGGCCUCUGGAUCUGGGCGCUGGGAGGCCUGGGGAUGGCGGGCUCCCCGGGGGCGCCGCACCCAUGCCAGGCGCCACAGCAGUGGGAGGGACGCCAGGUUCUGUACGAGCAGAGAAGCGGGCACAACAGCCGCGCCCUGCUGUCCUACGACGGGCUUAACCUGCGCGUGCGGGUGCUGGACGAGAGAAAGGCGCUGAUCCCCUGCAAGAGAUUAUUUGAAUAUAUUUUGCUCUAUAAGGAAGGAGUGAUGUUUCAGAUUGAACAAGCCACCAAGCAAUGCUCAAAGAUCACCCUGACAGAGCCCUGGGAUCCUCUUGACAUUCCUCAGAACUCCACAUUUGAAGAUGAAUACUCCAUUGGAGGACCUCAAGAACAGAUCACAGUCCAGGAGUGGUCUGACAGGAAGUCUGCCAGAUCCUAUGAAACCUGGAUCGGCGUUUAUACUGCCAAGGAUUGUUAUCCUGUCCAGGAAACGUUCAUCAGGAAUUACAGUGUGAUGCUGUCCACACGGUUUUUCGAUGUACAGCUUGGUAUUAAGGACCCCUCAGUGUUUACUCCUCCAAGCACAUGCCAGAUGGCCCAGCCAGAGAGGAUGAGUGAGGAGUGCUCUUGGUGAGCUUGUGAACACAGAAGUGACAGCCACUGACAUGGGCUGUUAAGUGACCCCAGCAGGACAUGGAUUAGAGACUGGUUUGGAUGAGAAUCUUCGUUGGAAAUAAAGACAAUUUUCAGAAGAUAAACUUUGAUACGGGUUUUCUCAUGUCUAAUUCUGGCUCCUCGGUUGUAUUCACAGAAGGAAACUGAAUGGAGGACUUAGGGCAAUCUGAGCUGACAAGAUGACUGUCAGACACUUCAGACAUUUCUCAAGCCAACUUUUCCAUGUGCAGGUGUGUGCUCAGUGUAGUGGCAUAGGAGGGAUGCAGGGUCAGUAGGAACAGUUUGCCUUGGCAGGGAUGAGCAUUGCAUUACUGACAUUAAAAAUUGGUGGUGAUAAUCAAAUUCAGAAUGAUUUUGAUCAACUUUAUUAUUAGUUGUUAAGUUCCCUACAAAGGUGCAUCACUGCACCAGGGUGGCAAUUGAUCCCAUUGACCUCCUACCCCAUCUUGUUCCUGUGCUCUCUUGGUCACUGCAAAGUGACCCCUUAAAAUUCUUUCCCAACUAAGGAGUUUUAUGGCAUGACACAGUGGCUAUAAAUAUUUUGGAAGGAAAUGAGAAGCUAUAUUGUGAAGUAAUAAUUCCUAUAAAGGGGAAAGAGGAGUUUUAGGCAGGAGGUUUUAGACAAUCUUAAUAUCUAUAUGUGGUGAAGCAUAAGCCAUGUAUACUUUCUGUUUUCUAUGCAAGAGUAUCGAUUUAUUGCUGAAUCACAACAUACUUGUCAAUGGACCAAUAGCAUCCUAAAAUAGCACUGUACUGGGAGGCAGGACACUAUUGUUUCCCAAAUUCAGAACUAUAAUGCCCUUGUAUUCUACCUAGUGUUAAAUGUGCUAGGCUUGCCCUUACCUGUUUUACAGCCUUUAUGUCUAUCUGACUUGACAUCCUUCCCAGGUCAGCUAGUACAUGACCUUCUCUCACAGCUGCUCCCAAGCCUGAAUCAGUUGCACCUGGCAGCUUGAGCAUGCUUUUCUCACAAUACUUAAUCUGCUAUGUGAUGAUGGCUGUGUGCCACUAUCCUGGCUAAGAGCCCCUUGAGUACGGGUACUGUGUUCUGUUUACUUUUAUAUCCCCAGCACCAAGCAAGUGCCUGGCACAUGAUCAGUGCCCUCAACAUUUGUAGAGUGGAGAACACUAGCCUUUCUGGUUCUCAGUUUUCUCAUCUGUUAAGUGGGGUUGGGUUUGCUGAUUGCUAGGGAGAUUUUCAAUAAUACAACUUAUUAUUCUAGAUUCUUCUACUAUUGUGUUUCAUCUGGCUAUCUAUCUCCUUUAGUUACCAAGAGGAACAUAUGAUACCUGUAUUAUGCUGGAAACACUCUGUAUUACUCACAGCUUAUCUAUAUUCAUAAAGAAAUUUAAUGGCAUCUCAAAUUAUUCUUUGAUAUAGUUGUUUCUGUAACAAAUAUGGAUGAACAUGGCUCUGAGGGAGUUAAACU